AUGAACGGGGAUAUCUAUGUCGUGCCCUAUUUCCCCGACUUGGUGAAGCAUAUCAUUGCUACUGGCAGUAGCCACUACGUCGGGUUCGUCAAUGACUCAACAAUCCUGAAGUACCCCCACUUCAAAGGGACUUCAGCUGCUCUAGAGAAGCUCCGAAUCGCGAAGGAAACUGCUGAAGGUGUUGCCUAUGCUCACCAGAGAAACGUUCUAAUCUGCGACAUCCAUGCUCGGAAUAUCCUCCUGGACGCUGAGUUCCACAUUAAGUUGUGCGACUUCCAGGGUCGGCUGCUAAGCCCCGAUGGGGAAAUCCUCAUUUCUGGGGGAGCUUCAGAGAAUGCAGAGUCGUUUAUGCCUCGUUGUGACAAAGAGUUUGCGGACGUCAAGACAGAUCUUUUCGCUCUUGGAUCAACUAUAUAUCAUAUCAUAACCGGUCACCGGCCAUUCCCACAAUACGACACCAUCGACGAUGAAGCUAAGUUUGAGGUGAGGCAGGCUAGUAGGGGCGUAGGCUCAUCAUCACUGUAG